AUGCACCCCUUGAAGGCUCCUGGCCCUGGUGGCUUACCAGCCUUUUUCUUUCAAAAAUAUUGGAGUAUUAUGGGUCCGAAUGUGAUGAAUUUGGUUUUGGGGGUUCUUAACAAUGGGAGAGACCCCUCUGGUCUUAACUUAAUUUUACUUAAAGCCCUGCUUCCAGAAAUCAUAGACGAGGAGAAAAGCGCGUUUGUUAAAGGAAAAUUGAUCAAGGACAAUGCGCUAAUAGCUAUGGAAUGUUUCCACUGGAUGAAAAAGAAGAAGAAAGGCAAGAAAGGAAUGAUGGCUCUGAAAUUGGACAUGUCAAAAGCAUAUGAUAUGAUUGAGUGA